GAGAGCAACCGAGAAAGAAAGAGAGCGAAGAGAGAGAGAGAGAGAGAGAGAGAGAGAGAGAGAGAGAGAGAUAUAAAAAAAAAGAAAAAAAAAAGAGCGAAGGAAUUAGCAGCGAUCGAGCUAACACACAGCAAAAGCUCAAAUAUUAUAUAUCCGCAGCGCCCAAAUAAAAAAAAGCCAAAAAAAAAAAAUUGCACUGAAAUAUUUUUUUAAAAAUAAUAAUAGUAAAAAGAAAAAAAAGGAAAGGAAAAGAGAGAGAAAGAGAGAGAGAGAGAGAGAGAGAGAGAAAGAGGUAGUGCGAAAGGCCAAGCUUCGAAGGCUUCGAAGGACCCAGUGAGUGAGGUUUUCGAUUAUCUCAGCGAUUUUCCUCAACUUGGUUUUAAGUUUGGACGAAGAAAGCAACGGUGUGUUUUGGACCCGGGUUUUGUGAUUCAAGCUUUAGGGUUUUGUGAUUUAUCAUGGUUUCCAAUAAAUUGAGCUUGGCUUAUGCGUUAUUUUGGUGGGAUUUAGCGAGCUCUUUGCUGGGUUUGAUCGCUAGGGUUUUGGUUUCGAGAAGAUGAGAUUUGUGGUUUGCAUUGUAUGGUUUUUGGGUGUGGAGAAUUUUUGCGGUUGUUUGGAAACAAGGGUGAUUGCAAUCUAAGUUCGAGAUAAAAGGGGUUUUUGGGGGUUCUUGUGAUUUUGGGUGCAUGGUUUGCGUAGCCGUUCGUUUGGGUUUGUGCAAAAAAGAUUCGCGAAUUGAUGUUGUAAUGAAUGAUAUGUGGGAUUGUACGGUUGUCUGGAAACAGAAAUAACUGUUAUUUGGCUUUGACUUGGGGAUUAGUGGGGGGGGUUUUGUGAUUCUUGUGGAUGGUUUGAAUCUGUUUGAGAAAUGCAACCACAGCAGUACUCUAGAAUUGAUUUGGCAGACUUGAAAGCUCAGAUAGUGAAGAGAAUUGGUGCAGAGAGGUCGAAGCGGUAUUUUAUUUACUUGAAUAAGUUGUUAAGUCAGAAGCUGAGCAAGAAAGAAUUCGAUAAGUUCUGUUACAGAGUGUUCGGCAGCGAGAAUAUUUCAUUGCACAAUCAGUUGAUACGAUCAAUCUUAAAGAAUGCAUGCCAGGCCAAGACCCCGCCACCGAUUCAUCUAUCAGCUGUCCCAAAACUUGGGGUACAAGCAGCAAAUAGUUCUCCUAGCAGAGAAGAUGGACAUGAACAAAGUGGAACUGUUUUCCAAAAUCAAAAUCAGAAUGUACCCAUCUGGUCAAAUGGAGUUUUGCCAGUGUCCCCGCGUAAGGGUAGGUCUGCUAUACGUGAUCGGAAGCUCAAGGAUAGACCAAGCCCACUUGGACCAAAUGGAAAGGUGGAUAGUGUCUUGCAUGCAUCCAUGGGUUCAGAGGAUAGUGGAAGUAAGGUUGUUAUGGAAAAUGGGGAUGUGACUCCAUGUGAUUAUCAGAGACCAGUGCAGCAUCUUCAACCAGUUGCUGAGCUACCUGAGAGUGAAAGGGCAGUUCAGCGAUCCAUAGAAAAAAUAAGGAUGCACAAUAAAGAUCAGGCUGGAGUAGAUGUCGUGGAAGAUGGAGAAGAGAUCGAGCAGUUAAAUCGCUUGAGUUUCUCUAGAAGUCCUUUAGUUGCACCACUUGGGAUUCCACUUUGCCCAGCUAGUGUUGGUGGGCCCCGCAAAGCUGCAUCUUUAAGUAGCAGUGGUGAUGUGGUUGGCUAUUAUGACAGUGGUGGGUUGUCUGACACCGAGACAUUGAGAAAACGCAUGGAGCAGAUUGCUGCAGCACAGGGUCUAGGAAGCGUUUCUAUGGAAUGUGCCAAUAUGUUGAAUAACAUGUUGGAUGUGUACCUGAAGCGAUUGAUCAGGUCUUGUGUUGAGUUGGUUGGAGCAAGGUCUACAUAUGAGCAAAAAAGGCAGCCCGUCCAGAAGCAGCAGAUUCAAGGCAAGGUUAUUAAUGGCAUGUGGCCAAGUAAUCAUAUGCAUAUGUCAAGUGGCAACGGCCCCAUGGAACCUAUGCAAGAACAGAGACCGCGGUGUUCAAUAUCUAUGCUUGAUUUUAAGGUUGCCAUGGAGCUAAAUCCACAGCAACUUGGAGAAGAUUGGCCAUUGCUGCUUGAGAAGAUUUGUAUGCAUGCGUUUGAGGAAUGAAACAUCCUACAAAUAUUUAUUUUUCCCGGAGAUGUGGUUGGGUCUUUAGAUGGCCUGACAGAUGCUCGAGGUCAUUGAUCCACAUAGCUCUCUUCUCAUUGCCAGGAUGGACCAGAUGGCUCCCAAUUGGUAAAGAUCCAGCCGUUAAGACAAUACUGUUGUGACUUUGAGCAUCAAAAUGUCUGUAUCUGUCAACUGCAGAGCCAGGCUCGGCUGGGAAUUAUUUAACUGCAACCGAUUAUGGGUUAUUUCAAAUUGAGUACUCAUAUUUGGUUGUUCUGUUGUACGUUUAGCGUUGACGUUGGCUGUAUUGCUAUUGCUUCGGUCUAAGUCUUGGUGUAACUGACAGCCAAUGGAGGGAAAAUAUAAGAAAGUUUUGCAGGGACACUGUCAUGUAACUUGGUCAAAGGUAAAAUCACCUGUGUAAGAGCUGCAGUAUUGCACUGUAUGUAUUUCUAAAAUCUGAUAAUUAAUUGGAAUUCAGUAUCAAUAACACAUUAACAUCCAUUGAACUGUCC